AUGUCUGCACAAAAUUCCAAGGGUAUCCAAACCCUUCUCGACGCCGAGAGAGACGCCCAGAAGAUAGUCCAACAAGCUCGAGAAUACCGAUCGAAACGUGUGAAAGACGCCAAGAACGAAGCGCAGAAAGAAAUAGAAGACUACCGGAAGCAAAAAGAUGACGAAUUCAAAGCAUUCGAGAAGAAGCACACAAGCGGCAACAAGAAAGCAGAAGAAGACGCCAGCAAAGAUGCAGAAGAGCAGAUGAAACGGAUCAAGGAGGCAGGGAGCAAGACAGGGGAUAAGGUCGUUCAGGAUUUGCUGAACGUGGUCACGGAGGUAAAGCCGGAGGUUCCUGAUAGAGUUGCUGCGCCGCCGGAGGCAUGA